GCGCGUGUAUUCCACACUUCAUGAUGUCAUCGUUUGCGUCCUUGCGCACGCCUCACCACGCAACUGUGCAAACUCCCCCUGCUAUUUUAAAAAAAUAAAAUAGACGUAAAAAAACGAGAAAAAAAAGGAGAAAAAAAAAACGCAUGGAGUGAGUGAGUGGAGUGAGAUAAACAGAGCAUUCAGCCGGCUUGCGCACAAUACUCGUUUGUGAAGUUCUAUUGAGUGAAGCAGUCUCAUUGUUCAUGAGACGAGCGACCGACUCACAUGGUUUUGUCCGUCUCACUAUCUAUCUUUCCCUUUCAUUCUCUAUCAAUCUUAGCUAAAUCCUUGCGGCACAUCAACCACUGGCUCACUCUCUUCAUCUUGCCAGUUGCCGAUAUAUGGGACAAUGACGAAAAGUUUUCGCCACGGAUCAACGACAUCGCAAAUGUCAGUGGUUUGGGAAAGGGUCGAAACUCAUCAUUACCUGAGGAAAUAGUUACGAGAGGAGGAAAAUCCCGCUCUUAUCCUUGUUUGUUCUGGCGAGGGUCAAGUUUACUAGGGAUUGGUUUUCAGCAGAAUCAACUUGUUGCUCGCCGGAAAACCACCGGAUGUAAUUGUCUAAAUGCCACAAGUGGUGCACCGCAACUUUUGAGAUUUAUAAAAGCAGAGCGGACUUCAUUCAUUAUCAAAACAAACGUGCGUGGUGGAUGCGUUGUGUGGACUGUUGUUCGGAAAGAUAUAUUUUGAUGAGCAGAAAUUUUCAUUUUGUCUUUACGCUUUAAUCGUCGUUAUAUAUUCAGAUUGAAAUGACAUUAACAAUUCAUUACGAGUGAAAGUUAAUUUAUCAAGCACUCGUCCGAGGAGGAAAAGACGAUAUCUCUAGAAAAUUACCCGUUGUUUUAUUUUUCUCCUCUGAAAAUAGAGCAAUUCACGAGUGCAGAAUCAUUACUUUUUCUGCUCCAAGUUCCAGUGAGAGUUUCCUAAUUUUUGAUCUGAAGCAUAUUGUAGCCGAUGCUUAUUUGGAUUACGGCGCCCUCUGCCGCCAUAGGUAUCCUUGCGUUACUUGUCUUACUGAGUACCGCUCCAUCUGAAGGAUAUCCCACUAGUACGAUUUCUAAUGAGACUACGACGCUUCCCACCGAUGAAGUCAAUGAUUCGCAGAGCCUGAAGGUCAAAGAUUUGCCAUUUGCCAAUUAUAUUUCAAACCCUUGCAGCCCUGGCACUAGCAGUCGGACCACUGACAGAAGUCGCUCAAAAGCACAUCGCCAAAGUUAUACCAUUGCGUUUUACAACUACAUGUCUUCUUACGGCACUUUGUACAAGCAAGACGCUAUGAAUGUGAUUAACGAGUCCACUAUUGAUGACUGCGCUGUGCUGAAUUUGCCAGAACUUCCAUACACCCCGACAUUAUCAGAAUUACAAGAAAUGGAUGCAGAAGGAGCUCUUAAGCGAAUUCAUUCAUCAUUGCUUAUGCAUGCGGCUCAUGCUUAUUUUGUUGAGUAUCAAUAUCUUACAUCCAGUUCAACAUGCUCAGAGGCAUCCGCCAAUCGGGAACGGAACUUAGCUAGAGAAGCAAUCAUCUUAGCCAGAAAACAGAAACAUAUGGCUUGUAUGACCCAAAUGACAAUCGAAGAACUUGGGUACACUCCAAAUAAUACAGAUGAAAUUCUGGAUGAAAAAUUUACGAACUUGCAACUGUGUUCUCGUAGAGCGUUGAGAGACUGUCAGAUCAUGCUCAGCAUUGUUCGCUUAUUUGAUGUGAUAGCAAAUUAUUCAAAGUCCAUUUUGGAACCUGCACCUGUGCCGAUCAUUUGAAGAAAUUGCAUCGAAGGUUUGCGAAUAUUGACAGAAAUGUCUUAAAGCAUUCGACUUGCCCUGAACAAAUCGAAUACGCUGGUCGUAUUGCCAUCUACAGUAUUUUAACCAUUUCAUUUAACUAUUCAUUGUUGCGCGAUCAUGCAUUCACAUUUGUACUUGCCAAUUAACGAGGUUUCAGUAUUUAAUUUUAGCAUUACUGUAUUUAUUAAGACUAGUCCAUCGAAAUGUGGAUUUUUAUCAUGACACGGCAAAUAAUGAUGGUAUUCUUCCCUCCGAUAUUGUGAUGUUUCUCAUUCAAGUGCCUUAAUAUCCGAUUGCUUGUUCGAAUAUUUAAUGCUGCUUUUAAGUAAUUAUUAUUCAAUGGAAGUUUGCUAUUGCUUUUCAUAUUGUAUGUAGAUUUUAUUUUUUAAAUCAUUUGAAUAAGUUCCUACUAUUUAAAGAGUUCUACUCCACUUCUUGCCUGGGAAUAUAUUCGAUGUAAAUUUGUCGAACUAAAUUCUACAACUAUUACGGAAGUCGUAGACUAAAGUUCUGUAAUUGCAAUGACACUCAGGGCGUCCCAGUCAUUUUGGAGCAGCAUUAGCCAACAGAUGUUUCGUAAAACUUCAUUUUCAGCUUCAGUUUUAGAAAUGAUACGGGCAAAAGCAGAGGGACUAACAGUUUUGCCCAAAUCAUUUGUUGCCAUUCUUAGAGAAAACGUUUCUUUACCAUAAAAGCCAAGUGGCUAGUGUUACUUAAGCCAAGCGUAUUGUUUUACAGUUAAUUUUUUUAUAAUCUGUGUUGUGUAUAAACUGAAUAAAUAUUUUUUAUCCAUUCA